AUGAAGAAUAGUGAUCCAGAUGCUUUUGACUGUGGCAUUCAGAAGCUAACAAAUGGACUUGGGGGCUGCUCUGAUUAUUCUGUAACUGAUGUUGAUACAAAGCUUGGAAACAGAUUAAACAGCUUGCGCGAGAGCUGCAAGCUGGUGGGUUCAGAUCAGUAUUGCAACCAGUGUUCAAUGAGUUGGAGAGGGAUGAAUACAUCAUCCAACAGCAGCAAUGAGAUGAGGGAUUCUCAACCUGACAAUUGCAGAUUUGCGGUCCUGAUUUCUCUGAUUAGCCAAAGAAUUAAUGAUGAUCAAUGGUUCCAGGCAAUAUCUAACUGUCUUGAAGAUGGGAGCCCGAAUAUAGAUACAACGUUGCCAGCAUAUGAUUUAAAUGAUCAAGCAAGUCACGGUCGAAAGAAAAGAAAGUUGAAAACAGAUUUUUGGAUUCUAAUUGGUGGGGUAGUGGGGAUUGCAGCCAUUGUCACUAUUGCAUGUUUUGUUUUGUUGAGGAAAAAUACGAAAGGAUCUCCCCAAGGAAAUGAAGUUUCGGAUAAUUCACUCGAUGGAGAGUCCAGCUGCGUAACUAUUUCAAUAAAAGAGGUUUAUUCUGCCACCAAUAAUCUCAGUGACUUAAACUUAAUUGGCCAAGGCAUAGCUGGAAAGGUGUAUACAGGCAUUCUAUCAGAUGGUCAGCGCAUCGCUGUCAAGCAUAUAAUCAACGAUGGGCACAUGGAUACAUUUGUUAGGGAGGUUAAAAGCCUCUCCCACAUCAAACAUCCAAACCUGGUUGCCUUGAUAGGUCACUGUGAUGGAGAUGAUGAGUGUUUCCUAGUGUAUGAGCUAUGUCACAAUGGAAAUCUUUCACAAUGGCUAUUCGGAAAAGAAAAAACUUUAUCUUGGAUCCAAAGGUUAAAUAUUGCAAUAGAUUGUGGUAGGGGCCUUGGCUUUCUCCACACAUAUCCAGGAGGUUGUAUUGUUCACCGUGAUAUUAAGCCAACAAAUAUUCUCAUCUGUGCUAACUUUCAAGCAAAACUGUCAGACUUUGGGUUAUCUAAGGUUAUGAGCAUGGGCCAAUCGUUUGUAAGCUCGGAAGUAAGGGGAACAUUUGGUUAUGUAGAUCCUGAGUACCGAAAAAAUCGCCAUGUUAAUUCCUCAGGCGAUGUCUACAGUUUUGGGAUAGUACUGCUACAACUUCUAUCAGGACAAAGAGUUAUUAACAUGGACCUGCAGAAGCCUGUGCAUCUGAACAAAGUGGCCAAAAGCGUCACAAGAGGUGGGAAUAUGACGGAGUUUGCUGAUUCCAAACUUUAUGGGGAUUACUCAUUUGAAGCUUUUGAGCUCGUAUUUAAGCUAGCUUUGUCAUGCACAGGGCUCAAGCAGCAGAGGCCAAGAAUGCAACAAGUGGUUGGAAGACUGGAGGAAGCCCUUGACAUCUCAAUGAGAGCCAAUUCAGUUAGACCAACAUUUUACAACUAA